UCUAAAGUGCGUUCAUCAUCUACCAUCUAUCCCAAGAUUCCUCUUGACUGUUGCUGUUAGUGGAGUCUUCAUUCGAGCAAACAGUUCUUACUGUAGAUGUGGAUUACCAGGACAUGACCAAGAUGGCCUGAGUCUUCCACCAGAAGCAAAUCAUAAGAGGAAAAGAACAAGAGUUUAUGGUGUUCGAAGCAUUUUGUGGUGAGACAUGGAGCCCAGCAAUACGACCACCCAGCCAAACACAGACCCAGGCCGCUGCGAGGGGCAAUGCAGGGUGAUUCUGAUAACACUCUACAGCGUGGUUUUGCUCGGAGGCACUACUGGAGCAGUAUUGAUGUCAUGUAUGAUGUUCAGAAGGAAAAGCCGAUCAAUGAUUGCCACGAUUGUUCUCAAUAUCAUAGUGCUGCACUCAAUCAUCCUGGUCAGCCUUCCAUUCCGCCUCAGCUAUUAUAUCCUAGAUGUCUGGGUGUUUGGAACCUUUUUCUGCCGAUUGGUUGGUGGCAUAAUAUAUGGUCAUAUGUACAUCACUUUUGUUUUCUAUGUGGCCAUUGUCAUACUCCGAUUGCUCAUCUAUUUUAAGAAACUCCAAAUGCAACAGUUACAAAAGUACCAUGCAGUAGUUUUAAGCAUUAUUAUUUGGACCAUGGGUGGCCUCAUAUUUUUGCCAGUAUUAUUUUUACAAUAUGGCGUAGAUCCAAGUUACUCAGAAGAACGACGAUGCUUUGAGUUCUACAAAGAUCUCAACCGCGGGAAAUUCAUUACCUUGAACUACUCUAUGAUUGUCAUUAUGAUCACAACGGUUAUGAUCCUCUUCCUGAUACAGAUGGGUGUCAUUGUCCAACUGGUUAAAGCUCUCUGGCCUGACAUGUGGGCCCAUCAAGACUACAGAGCUCAAAUCAAGAGCUUCUUCUUCCUCCUGGUAAUAGUGGUCUGUUUUAUACCCCACCAUGUAUUCCGGGUACACUUUAUUCAAAAUUACUCAGAGACCAACAGUUCUGAGUUAGUUCUUUAUAAUGAAGUUUUUAUUGCUUUAACUACUGUCUGUUGCCUGCAUAUGGUGUGCUUUGUAGGUGGAGUUAUCCAUUAA